AUGCCCAAGAAAGCCAUCGACUCCCGCAUUCCGGCGCUGAUUCGAAAUGGCGCACAGGAGAAGAAGCGUAGUUUCUUUGUCGUUGUUGGCGACCGCCAAAAGGACGUCAUCGUCAACCUCUACCACAUUCUGCUCAACGUCGACGUUAAGCUGAACAAGUCGGUGCUAUGGGCAUAUAAGAACAAGCUACUGGGAUUUUCCAGUCACCGCAAGAAGCGCGAAAAGAAGAUCAAGAACGAGAUCAAGCGCGGCAUCCGUGAUGUCGACACCGAGGAUCCGUUCGAACUAUUCAUCUCGACGCAGAACAUUCGAUAUGUCUACUACAAAGAGACGGAAAAGAUUUUGGGUAACACAUACGGCAUGUGUAUCCUGCAGGAUUUCGAAGCGCUUACGCCCAACCUCCUUGCGCGGACAAUAGAGACAGUCGAAGGUGGAGGACUGGUCAUACUCUUGUUGAAGGGCAUGAGCAGCUUGAAGCAGCUGUAUACAAUGUCUAUGGAUAUCCACUCCAGAUACCGAACAGAGGCGCAUAGCGAUGUCGUUGCGCGCUUCAAUGAGCGCUUCCUGUUGUCACUUGGAAAGUGUGAUAGCUGCCUGGUUGUCGACGAUGAACUUAAUGUGCUCCCCAUUUCCGGUGGAAAGCACGUCAAGCAAUUACCGCCACCGGACCCAGAGUUGGAAGGCAAGACACCAAAGGCGAAGGAAUUGGCAGAGAUAAAAGAGUCCCUAGCGGACUCGCCUCCCACUGGAGAUCUGGUCAAGCUCGCAAAGACUGUGGAUCAGGCAAAGGCUCUCCUCACAUUUGUCGAGGCAAUCGUGGAGAAGACCCUGCGAAGUACGGUUACACUAACAGCAGCACGUGGUCGAGGUAAAUCAGCAGCUUUGGGUGUGGCUGUAGCAGCAGCAGUUGCGCACGGCUAUAGCAACAUCUACAUCACAUCGCCAAGUCCAGAGAACUUGAAGACGCUAUUCGAAUUCAUCCUCAAGGGUUUUGAUUCGCUCAACUAUGUCGAUCACCAGGACUACACCAUUAUGCAGUCCACCCAACCCGACCAGAACAAGGCGAUUGUAAGAAUCGAGUUACACCGCCAGCACCGACAAGUGAUUCAAUAUAUCAAGCCAGAAGAUUCGCAUGUUCUGGGUCAAGCGGAGCUGUUGGUCAUUGACGAAGCUGCAGCUAUUCCUCUGCCAUUGGUACGGAAACUCAUGGGUCCUUACCUUGUCUUCAUGGCCUCGACGAUCAACGGUUACGAAGGUACUGGCCGAUCACUGUCUCUCAAGCUCAUACAGCAACUUCGCGAACAAUCACGAGGCAAGGGUACCAACGGCUCGACCCACGUCGUAGAUCGCUCAACAGGAAAGGAGACAAAGGAUGCUUCAGAGACUACGAUGACAGGUCGCUCGCUGCGAGAAAUUACGCUCUCAGAGCCCAUACGAUACGCACCAGGCGACUCCGUCGAGCGCUGGAUGAACGACCUCUUGUGUCUCGACGCAACCCUGCCCCGAAAAUCAGCCACACAAGGAUGCCCUCAUCCUGACAAGUGCCAGCUCCUUCACGUAAACCGUGAUACACUUUUCUCUUACAAUCCGGCUGCAGAAAAGUUCUUGCAGAAGAUGAUGGCGCUCUAUGUUGCCAGUCACUACAAGAACACGCCCAACGACUUACAGCUCAUGUCCGAUGCGCCUGCGCACCACUUGUUCGUCCUUACCGGACCUGCAGAGGACAACAAGCUUCCUGAGCCUCUUUGUGUCAUUCAAGUGGCAUUGGAAGGUCAGAUCAGCAGGGAAAGUGUGCUGAACAGUUUGAGCAGAGGGCAGCGGGCAGGUGGCGACUUGAUCCCAUGGAUUGUGUCUCAGCAAUUCCAGGAUGAGAACUUUGCAAGUCUGUCGGGUGCCCGUGUGGUGCGGAUAGCAACAAACCCGGAAUACGUCAAUAUGGGAUACGGAUCAAAGGCCCUGCAACUCCUGGUUGAUUUCUACGAUGGCAAGCUCGCAAGCUUAUCCGAGACGGAGCCUCAAGAGGUGGAGCAGAUGCGAAGGGUCACAGAGGAAGACUUGGAAGAUGCAUCACUUCUUAAGGAUAACGUCAAGGUUAGGGAAGCAAGCGAGAUGCCGCCGCUGUUUGCUCGGUUACAAGAGUUGAAGUCUCCCAAGCUUGACUACGUUGGUGUAUCAUACGGCCUCACCUCGCAGUUGCACAAGUUCUGGAAACGCGCAUCCUUUGUGCCAGUGUACCUUCGGCAAACACCCAAUGAUCUGACCGGAGAGCAUACAUGUAUCAUGUUACGCUCGCUCGAGACUACCUCAUCAGAUGGAAGCUGGGUGGCAGCUUUUGCCAAGGACUUCCAGAAGCGAUUCCUCUCUCUCCUCUCCUAUCAAUUCCGCACAUUCCCAUCCACGACAUCCCUCUCGAUAGAAGAGUCUGCCUCAGCAGGAUCCAAACUCGACGCCGACCUCGCCGCAAAACCCAUCAGCAAAGCCGAACUCGACGCCCUCUUCACCCCCUUCGACCUCAAGCGCCUGGAAUCCUAUGCAAACAAUAUGCUAGACUACCACGUCAUCCUCGACAUGCUCCCUUCCAUCGCCCACCUCUACUUCACCGGCCGCCUCAAAGACACAGUCAAACUCACCGGCAUCCAAAAAUCCCUCCUCCUCGCCAUCGGCCUCCAGCGCAAAGAAUUCUCCGAUGUGGAAAAAGAACUCAAAGAUGCAAACGCCAGCCAGCUCAUGGCCAUGUUCGUCAAGAUCAUCCGCAAAGUCGCCACCGCCUUCCGCAGCAUCGUCGAGGGCGCAGUCCAGGAAACUAUGCCUGACGUCAUGGAAAUUGAAGAGAACGCAGGAACGGCAGAUGGGGAUGCAGGCCGCUUCAAGCCGCUGGAGAAGAACUUGGAAGAGGAGUUGAAAGAGGGUGGAGAGGAGUUUCUUGCCGAGGAUAGAGAGAGGCAGAGGAGUAUGAUUGAUGCUUUGCCUUUGCACAAAUACGAAAUCGGUGCCGGAGCUGCCGAUUGGGAAGACGCCGAGCGCGCUAUUAGCAAUGCGGCGAAGAAGGGCGCUACAGGCAGCAUGACGGUGUCUGUCAAGACGGGCGAGAAGAAGAGGAAAGUAGGGGAGGCGGUGGAGGAGGCGUAUAAGGAGGCUGAGAAGUUCAAGGAGAGUGCGGGGAAGAAGAGUAAGAAGCAUAAGUCUGGGAAGAGGACGUGA